AUGGCUCACUUGACGGGAUUAGGAUUGCUCUUUCUCAUCGUUUUUGUUUUCGAAGGUAAUGCCAACUUCAUGCAGAACUCGGAAUUGUCGGAAGAUUGUGAUUUCUAUGAUACGGUAGAGGCACAUGGGAAUAUGCGAUGCGGAAUGCUCGGUUAUCCUAUAGAUUUUGGAAAACGUCUUUGCAGAGAACUAACAUUGAAAAAACGGGUCGCACUAACGCAAAAUGGCGGGAAAUGGGCUGAAUCUGUGGUCCGAUGUAUGAGACAGAACUUGAACUCGAUUCUGGAUAACUCUAAUUGUGGAGAUCUUACCCCGGAAAAACUGGACCACGCAUCAUGUUAUUACGCUGGCGACGAUCUAUGUAGUGUUAGGCAAUGCCCAUUGAAUCGGUUUACAAUAGCUACCCUACCAUGGACACGGAGUUCUGUUUGGAACGAAAGUUACGCCGCUUUGACUGAAGCAAAUGCGAGAUGCCCAACUAAACUGUACGAUACUGCAAACGUUGGUGGAAUGGUUGUAAGAUUUGUGCCCCAAAAAUAUAUUACAGGUAACACUGACUGUUUAUUGUAGCACGAAAAGAAACGACUUUACAAACGAUGCGUCUAAUUUACGAUCUGACACAAUUCACGUAACUACAUUACGAAUACAAACUGGAAUGUUAUGGAUAAUUUUAGUUUUGGUGCAAAAUCGAGAGCAGCGAUCUUUGACGUGAUAGCCACUUAAAUGAAAUAUGUAUCAAUGAUGAAAGACAAUUAAUACAGACAAUCCCAAAUUGAAUUGUAAUACAUUACAUGAUUAUUAUAUAGAAAAUAUAAAAAGUCUUAUCAUAUUAG